UUUUCUCUAUUAACGACCAUGAACUCCAUCUUCCUUCUGCCAUGGCCUUUCUUCUCUCCUUGUCCCCAAACCCUCCUCAAAACCCUAAAUUUUCCUCUCUAAACCCCUCAUUUCCCACCACUCCCAUUAAAACCCUCAAUACCAAGAGACACUUCAUCAUCAACACUGCUUCAUUUUGCAUCCUUUUUUUGGCCCCACAAAGCCCAAUCCCACAUUCUUUAGCUGAAGCUUCUGCACCUCCGAAACCGGCUUUGAACAUUGCAAACACCAAGUCUUGGUUCCAGUUCUACGGUGAUGGUUUUGCCGUUAGGGUUCCUCCUGAAUUUGAGGACAUCAUGGAGCCCGAGGAUUUUAAUGCCGGAGCGACUCUUUACGGGGACAAAGCGAAGCCUCGGACUUUCGUAGCACGAUUUGCAUCUACUGAUGGAUCCGAAGUUUUAAGUGUUGUCGUUCGCCCGACUAAUCAACUCAAAAUCACCUUCCUAGAGGCCCAAGAAAUUACUGAUUUAGGUUCCAUUAAAGAGGCAGCUAAAAUCUUUGUCCCAGGUGGAGCCACUCUCUACGAUGCCCGAACGAUUAAGAUAAAGGAAGAUGAAGGUUUCAAGACUUACUAUUUCUAUGAAUUCGAAAGAGAUGAUCAACACAUUGCACUAAUGGCUACCGUUAGCGGCGGAAAGGCUAUUAUUUCCGGAGCGAGUGCUCUGAGUUCCAAAUGGGACGACAACGGAGUAAAGUUGCGUUCUGCAGCAAUCUCGUUGACAGCUUUGUAGUCCUUUGUUGAUUGGUUUAGAGAUUUGUCUCUGGUCACUUAUCUCGACAUCUACGAAGAAUUUUCGAUCAGAAGGCCGAUUCAUAGCAGCUUCCCUUCUCAAAACAGCUUGUGAACUGCAGAAAGCUUAGAAUUUUGAAUUCAAGUCUUGAUUUUGA